AUGGCCCCACAUGUGGAAGUCAUGCUGUGUGAGGAAGUGUUACCGGAGCAGGCUGGUGAUGUUGGUCCUGUGGUGCUGGUGAAGCUGGAGACAGAGUCUGGUGGAGAACAGACACAUGUGCCUGCUAUACAGGAAGUCAUUGACUGUUCUGGAGAUGUGCCUUCCAUGGUCUCUUGCCCCAGCACUAACAGUCUGGUGAGAGAGGAGCCUUUUUGUCGUAUCUGUCAUGAGGGCAGUGGUGCAGGAGACCUGCUGUCUCCAUGUAAUUGUGCAGGCUCUCUCGCCAUGGUCCACCGCACCUGCCUGGAGCACUGGCUUACAGCCUCCGGCACAAGACACUGUGAGCUCUGCCACUUUGAGUUUACCCUGGAGCGCUUUCCUAAGCCCCUUACUGAGUGGCUGGUUACACCCUCCAUGCGACACCAGAGACGGACACUGUGUGGAGAUGCCAUCUGUUUCCUGUUCAUCACACCACUGGCCAGUCUGAGUGGAUGGCUGUGUGUUCAAGGGGCCAUGGACCUUUACUACAGCAACAGUAUGGAAGCCAUCGGCCUCAUCGUUCUCACCCUUGCCCUUUUCACCAUAUACCUCUUCUGGACCACUGUAACUUUGCGAUACCACUUUCACCUGUUCAAGAAGUGGAGUGAGACUGAUCAGAGAGUUCAGCUCCAGAUUUCUAGACCAGAGGAGGCAUCCCACAGACAGCAGGCUCUGACACUGCACUUCCUGUGUAAAGACACCAGCAAGGAAACAGUGGUGUAGGACAUGUGCAGGAGUGGUUCAGGAGGGGACCAAGGUUUCCAUUCUGGCAUUUUAGGAUACAAUCCAGCACGGAAUCGGCUGUUUCUUUUUGUGCAUUUAUG